AUGGAUUUUCAUCUUCCUUAAGGUAAACAAUCUUGGCCAGAAUGUGUUGGAAAGACAGCUGAUGAAGCAAAGUAAAUAAUACUUGCUGACAAUGCUGAAUUAAAUGUUUAAUUACUUCCUUAAAAUUCUAUGGUGACUAUGGAUUAUAGAACUAAUAGAGUAAGAGUGUUUCAUGAUGAAAAUGGAAUUGUAAAAUAAGCUCCACAUAUUGGAUGA